ACCCUUAAUGUAACAGUAGGUGGAUUUCUGUUAGAAUUGUCCAAUAAAGACAAAGUAACCCUUUUAUUUCACUGACCCAAAUCAUCUAAUGAUUCAAUUGCACUGAAAAAUAAAAAUCCUUGCCUUUCCCAAUUAGCAUUUUAUUCACCUAACCCAUUUCCUAUUUUAUUUCCCCACUUAAAAUGAUAUUUUUUUCUUCUUCCACUAACCUGUUGAACUGAAGCAAGCCACGCAGGGUUUACCUGGCGUGGGUUGGAUUGAAAGUUGAAACAUAUCCUACUUGAGAUAGUUUGUGGAAUUUAAUAUUUUGAGGUAAACCCCAUCACUUUGCGGCUAUUUGGGGGCUUGUUUCUCUGGAGAGUGAGGUCAUCCAUCUCAUAGGUGACACCCCAAGUUUCCAUUUAUUUUAAAUUGAUUAUUUGUGAGAAUAUCUGCUCAAAUCAGGAAGUGGGUCGUUGCAAGAUAUGUAUUUUCCACCUUUCAUUUGAUCACAUUGUUCAUCCUCUCUAUUUUUUUUUAAAGGAGCGUUUUAGGUGGGGUUUGUACUGUGGCAUUGUUUGAAGUAUCUUUUUAGGUUUUUGGUUGAACGAAUUGUUAAUGGAUCAAAACACAAGCGAGGGAAGAGGUGAGGUAUUGGGUCCGGUUUAUGAAGGGGAAGAUGGAAAUUUGAGUAAUUUGGUUGAAGGGGUUGUAGUUGUAAUUGAUGCUGUAGAUGGGAACAGCUUGGGUGGAAGAGUUAGUAUAAGUGAAGAAGCUGGAACUUCAGGAGAGGUUGGCAAGGAUUUCGGAUCUGAUAUGGAGCUAGAGGAGGGGAUUGAGGAAGUUAAGGAUCAGGACAAUCAUGAUCAAGAAAAUAUCAGUGAUGAUAAAUUGCUCGAGGUUGAUCAGGGAACUAGUUAUAAUUCAAACCAUUUGGUUAAUCAAGUAGUGAUUGAAACUGUGGUUGCAAUUGAGUCUGUUCAGACUAAGUAUGUCACUGAAGAUAAUAGGAAAUUGGAAACAAAAGUUGAUGAAUCGGGGUUGAGCAUGGUAUCCAUGAAAGCACCAGAAGGGGUGUCUGAAACUGAUAAAGAUUCACGUGUGAUUGAUAUAAAGUGCAGCAGCUGCAAAAAGGUUUAUGAGGAUUCUGAAGGUGAAAGGGUUUGUAGGAUUUGCCAUCUGACUUCUGUGCAAUCAUCGGAUGAAACAACUGUUGGCACCGCUAGUAGUGCUACAAGUGCAGACUUGAUUCAGCUUGGUUGUGCUUGUAAAGAUGAGCUAGGCAUUGCACAUGUUCAUUGUGCUGAGGCGUGGUUCAAGCUUAAGGGGAACAGGUUAUGUGAAAUAUGUGGUGAGACUGCAGAAAAUGUUUCGGGUGUUACUAAUUAUGGAUUUAUGGAAAAGUGGAAUGAAAGAAGAUUCAUGGACGACGAUGGCAACUCAUCCCACAGGUUUGGUGGAUGCUGGCGAGGACAGCCAUUUUGUAACUUCUUGAUGGCAUGCCUGGUAAUAGCAUUUGUUCUGCCAUGGUUUUUCCGUGUAAAUAUGUUCUAGCUGGUGAAUCAAGCUCUAUUAUUCUUGCCUUCAAUUCUUCAUACUCGCUGAGUAUAGUGAGUGGCUGAUUGGUUUCUGCUAUACAUGCUAUGAUGCAUCACCGGCCACCACAUUUUAGUGGGAUGUUAAUGCUUAACCACCUGUCCAAGUUGACAUUCUGAGGGUGUGUGCCAUGAAGAUGUGAAGCUUACAUGUAAAGAAAUUACCAGCUCUGGUUGCAUUCUUUGGAGAGUGUGUUGUUCUGAGGUAUAUACAUGCACAGAGAGUAUUUUACAUUUGGUGGCAAUAGAUCUUAUUUGUAAGAGUUAAGUUAGGAGUUUGCUGCAAAACAAACACAAAGUAAAGGUUCCUUACUCAUUUUCACUUAUUUUACUUGUUUUUAGACAAUAUUUUGGUUUUAUUUGGCUCCAUGUCAUCUUAAUAUAGUUUCAAGUAUAAUCGAGUUUA